GAAGAAUGGCCUCUCAGAAACGCAAGACCGCAGGCACAAGCAGCAAUGGCACGACACAACCCAGCAAACGCGAAAAGCUGGACCUGUCCCGUCCGCAUCCCAAUGCGCAACAGUCCGAGGACUUUGGCAUCGUGCUGAGAGAAUUCUAUCCGCCGGAAAUGAGCAACGAGCGUUGCCACGCCUACAACGAUGGAAGGUUGGAACGACCGAUCGAGACACUCCAGCGGGCCUACGAGGAGACGGCCGACCAGCGCAGGGCCAUCCGAGCCAACUGUGCAGUGGUGCACUGGUUCAAGUCCGAUCUCCGACUCUACGAUAAUCGCGCCUUGCGGAUGGCAUACCAGACCGCCAAGGAACACAAUAUCCCGCUGAUCGGGUUGUAUAUUCUGUCCCCGCAGGAUCUGACAGCUCAUCUAUUGAGUCCGGCGCGGGUUGAUCUGAUCCUGCGUACUCUACAUCAAUUAAAGCGCGAUUUGAGCGAGCUGGAUAUCCCCUUGUACAUGGAGACGCAGGGAAUUCGCGAAAACCUACCCCAGCGGGUUGUAGAUCUGUGUCAGCAGUGGGGAGCAAACCAUCUCUUCGCAAACCUGGAAUACGAGGUUGACGAGUUGCGACGCGAGGCGAAGUUGGUGAGGCUGUGCGCGAAGAAUGGAAUUAAGUUCGAGACCGCCCACGACGCAUGCGUCGUUCCCCCUGGACGGGUGACCAGUCAGCAAGGUAAACAGUAUGCAGUGUAUAGCCCCUGGUACCGCACAUGGCUCGCUUACCUGAACGAGAAUCGUGACUGUCUGGAACUGUCGGAGGAGCCGGGAUCGAAUCCGGGGGAUGCGCGGCAGUACUUUAAGGAAUUAUUUGACAGCGAGAUUCCAGCGGCACCGGAGAACAAGCAGCUGUCGGAGGAGGAAAAGCAGCACCUGAGUCAAUUAUACCCAGCAGGCGAGUAUGAGGCGCUGCGUCGGUUGGACGCGUUCCUGGAAGAGAAGGCGAGGGACUAUGCGGAGGCACGGAAUAUGGUGUGCGGACAGACGACCUCAAUCCUCAGCCCUUACUUCGCAUCUGGCUUGCUCAGCGCGAGAACAGCAAUCGAGCACGCGCGCAGAGCCAACAAGGGUUCCCUGGAGCAUGGUGACCCUGGUCUGAUUCACUGGAUCGGUGAGGUGGCUUGGCGCGAGUUCUACAGACAUGUCCUUGUGCAUUGGCCAUUCAUUUGCAUGAACAAAUGCUUCAAACCCGAAUUUACCAACCUCGAAUGGGAGUACGAUGAGGACAAGUUCACCACCUGGUGCAAAGGGAAAACCGGGUUCCCCAUAGUGGACGCCGCCAUGCGACAGGUGAAACAUGACAAAUGGAUGCACAACCGGACGCGUAUGAUUGUUGCCUCUUUUCUCUCGAAGGAUCUGCUUAUCGACUGGCGUCGCGGCGAGCGAUACUUUAUGGAGACUCUCAUUGAUGGGGACUUUGCGUCCAACCACGGCGGGUGGGGAUUCGGGUCGAGUACAGGGGUGGAUCCCCAGCCAUACUUUCGAAUCUUCAAUCCACUCCGUCAGAGCGAACGGUUCGAUCCUGAUGGAGAGUAUAUACGAAAGUGGAUGCCCGAGCUGCGGGAUAUCAAAGGGGCGGCGAUACAUGACCCCUACGCACGAGGAGCGGCGGCCAUUGCAGAAAAGAAUGGAUAUCCACGUCCCGCGGUGGAUCACUCUAAGAGUAGAGGCCAGGCAUUGCACCGAUAUAAACGGGCGUGUGAGAAUGGACGAUGACGGUGGCUUAAAAUAAGCUCUUUUGCGUGUUAGU